AUGAAGAUGGCCAGCCAACUCUCGCAAGCCUUUCCUCCCGCUCCAAAGUUCACAGAAGAAAGUGUUCCCGACCUCACAUCCAAAGUUUACAUCGUCACCGGUGCCUCAGCAGGUGUGGGCAAAGAGCUCGCUCGUCUCUUGUACAGCCGUAACGGCACAGUUUACGUUGCGGCACGUUCAGCAGAGAAAGCAAACACCGCGAUAUCUUGGAUCAAGGAGCGCCACCCAAAUGCAACUGGUCAGCUGCACUUCCUCAAGCUAGACCUCAACGAUCUAGGAGGAAUCAAGUCUUCCGCCGAGGAGUUUCUGAGCAAGGAACAGAGACUGGAUGUGCUUUUCAACAAUGCGGGCGUCAUGAUGCCGCCUCAGGGCAGCAAGACGGAGCAAGGAUACGAACUGCAAAUCGGCACGAAUUGUCUAGCGCCUUUCUUGUUCACAAAACUGCUUACCCCGCUAAUCGUGCAAACUGCCAAAUCAAGUCCACCCGGUAGUAUCAGAGUGGCCUGGGUGUCCUCGAGCGCAGCCGAGGUCGUUGCGCCGCGGGGUGGAGUCGACAUGGACAACCUCGAUUACAAGAAGGACCAAUCAGCAACGACAAAAUACGCCAUUAGCAAAGCAGGCAACGUGUUACAUGCGAUUGAAUAUCAGAGAAGACACAAGAACGACGGAGUGGUUAGCACUGCACUUCACCCGGGACUCCUCAAAUCUGAGUUGACGCGACAUUCAGGGACUUUAUUGAGUUUGCUUUCCAGGCCCUUUCAGCAUAAACCAGUAUAUGGUGCCUAUACGGAGCUUUUCGUGGGACUGGCACCUGAAGCUGCAAAUCUCAAGGAAGGAGAUUGGGUCAUACCCUGGGGGAGAAUUGUAGAGGUCCGGAAGGACCUUGUGGCCGAUGGUAAAGCAGGACCUUUUUGGGAGUGGAGUGAGAAGCAAGUAGAACCGUAUGCAUAG